AGCAGUUCGAAGAGAUCAUGAACCUCUUCCGAACCAUGAGAAGGCAGUACUACUAUGAUCUGCAAGGAUUGCGAAACCUGCUGAAAACCGCACGUGAGGCGCAAGAACUCAGGGAAAAUGGAGGUACUACAACUACUACUAUAAAGGUCGUGCUAUAUCAAACGAAGAUCCACCAGUCUUCCUAUUAUAAAGUCGUGUUAUAUCAAACGAAGAUCCACCAGUCUUCAAGUAUGCAUACAGAUUCAGAUGUCAUCCUCCAAACAGAUUCAUUGUUUGACUAUUGAAUGAUCUACGAGGAAUCAGUAUUCUGUAGGUAGGAGGACGUCGAAUGUCAGGAACUCUAGUACUUAGAACAGAGUAGUUUAUAGCACGCAGGGUGCAUGGAGUGCAUGGAGUAGCAUGGAGCGCAGAGCUUUAAGGGGCGCAAGAAGCUCCCCCUUUAGCUCCAUGCUACUCCAUGUCAUCCAUGCACUCCAUGCCAUGCGAGCUGCGAAACCUUACAAAUGACAUUGCUCUGUAUAAUAGAAGAUCGUAAGCAUCUAUAGGUAGUACUGGUGACCACGUAGAAAACAUCCUAAUCCUAUUCCGAAUAUCUAUCUAAUUCCUUAUCCUAAUCCGAUUCCUUAUCCUAAUCCUAAUUCUAUUGGAUCCAAAUUCCCGCACGAUCCACCUCCAGGUUAUCUGGACCCCAGGAAGCAAGCCAAAGUGGAACGUAUGGAACAGGUCGUUAGCAAUCGGGAAGUGAAUUAUUUCAAUGUCCUGGACAUCGUGGAUCCGGAUUUCAAGGAUAUUCUCAUCCAGGAGUGUCGAAAAUUUCAUCGGUAAUGUUUAUCUUGAUCUUUUAUGUUGUACUAGCAAGUUCCACUUCUUGCUAAACCAUUUUUAUGCCCAGGGUUAUAAUAUUGAACAAGCUAGCAUUUUUUAUUUACUUUAUGUACUUGUACUAGUUCUACUUGCUAAAGAACCAUGGUAUAAUUUCGAAAGACGUGGAGGCGGACUCCUUCUUAGAUGAUGUUAGAAAGAUUGGACUCCUUCUUAGACAACGAUUCCACGACAGUCUUGGCCUUCUAGAUUACGUGGAAUUCGCAGUACUUGUCUUUGGUUUGUUCGUUUCAAAUUAAAAGGACUUCUUUCCGACAAACACUUCCACUUCCACAUCCACAGUGAGUUGAUUUUGGAAAACGCGGCAUUGGCGGAUCAGCUUGCCACAUUGGGCGUUGGGACAUUGACGCUGGACGAAAAAUUGCGCAUGUUUGUAGCAGAGUACGAAAUUGCCGACAUUAUACUCUUAUGUUGACGGAUGAAGACGCACAUGAUCAUCUUGUUCUGACGACUUUGACUUGAGAGGAGUCGCGUGACACUCUCGUACCAAGCUGUAGACAUCUUUCAGUCACUUGUUGAUAUAUCAGCGACAACGACACCUCCACCUUUGCUGUAGGUAGGUACUAACUUCUACUUACAAUUACUCUUCUACUUACUCUUACAGUUACUGCCUUCAUGACAUGAUCUUGAUCAUUAUCUCAUUUGCUUUUCUAAGCACAAAGCUAGCUCAGUUCGCCCCAGGAGAUCAUGCGCCAGCCGCAGUGAAGAGACGGUAUCAAGUUUGCGUGCUGAACGCGGCAGGCAUUCAGGAUGAAGCCAAGGCUGAGGAAGUGAUCGAUCGCUAUAUUUAAGGCUACCAUGUUGAGGACGACGACUUUACUCUAAGUAAAAUUAAAAAUCAAGCGUUCCCGUUCUGUGGGAGGCAAUGCAAACACCUCUUGCUAGGCACAUUCAUUCACUCGCUCACUCAUCCAUUGACUCCUAUGAAGGAGAUGCCUUAAAAAUGUUGUCAAUCGUAUCUCCAAGGAGGUGCGUACCGUACGAUUGAAAGAUCUACUCAACAAGGAAGAUCGAGAGAGUAGGGAUGUAUUGGUGCUAAUACGUCAACCGUGUUGCUGGCGCGGACGCAGACAAUGCUGACCCCACGCAAAGUGCGCCUUACCGUGAACUGAAGGAGAAGUACGACGAAACUGAGGAAAAGCUCUCUGAUGCAAAAAUUGAGAUUGACGACUUGAAAGCCCGCUUAGCCGACGACGGCGACAUGAAAGACGCAGAGCUGGCAGCUUUGAUUAAGGCUUCCCCGUAUAAGUACAUCUUCGGAAGAAGGCCGCUUCUCCUUCUCCGUCUUCUUCUGCAGAAGCAUCUGAGAGACGUUUCUUUUCGAGGGGGAAAGGAACGGUCUCAGGAUGGAUGCGUCUCAAGCUCGAUGGAUAAGGGUGAGCGCUAAUUUCAGAGACGAACUCAACACUGCCCGUUCUGAAGCGGCUAAUGCGCAGACCUCGGCGCGUGGCGGAAGCGCGGAGCUGGAGGCAAUGCGACUGAAACUUAUGUCGCAAUGUCUACUGCAACUACUAGUACUAGGUAAAUACUAGUUGGACUCCGACCCAUCUGAUUUGUCGUACUGGUAUGAUUUUUGCACGUGACGAAUUAGUACCAGUGCUCUAAUCAAUUGGCGGAAGCUGAAAAGUCACUCGAGACUGCUCGUGGGGAAAUCCAAGAGAAAGAAAGUCAGAUGCAGGCGAUCUCCGCGCAAAAUAGUCACGUCGAAGACCUUUCAGGGCCACUAUCAGCGGCACAAUCACGGAUCAGUGAGCUAGAGGAGGAGAUCGCGGGAUAUAAAAGGUAGUGAGCAGUAGUAGUAGUAGUAGUAGUAGUAGUAGUAGUAGUAGUAGUAGUAGCGCGAGCGCUUCUACUUGCAAACAUAUUCGCGCGCUGUCGUAGUUCUACUACUUACUGACGCUAGUAUAUGACCUUCGUACAAGGGCACCAGGACCAGGACAAGAACGCUGCCCACCUGACGAGCCUUUCCAUUUACAGAUCAAGUAGUUAUCGUCUAUGUACUUAAUGUAUGAGUAUGUCAUGUAUUGGUGCUAAGAACUCCAAUGUCCUCCCCAUUUCUCACCACUUUCUCUUCGACUUUGUUCGACCUAAUAUGGACGGCGAAUUAGAUCCUAUCUUAUCCUACCCAAUCCUAUCCUAUUCUAAAUCCUAAACCCUAAACCCUAAACCCUAACCCUAUCGUAAAUCCUAUCCUAUCCUAUCCUAUCCAACCCUAUCCAAUCCUAAACCCUAAACCCAAACCCUAUCGUAAAUCCUAUCCUAUCCUAUCCAACCCUAUCCAAUCCUAAAUCCUAAACAAACCCUAACCCUAUCGUAAAUCCUAUGCAUCCUAUCCUAUCCUAUCCUAUCCUAUCCAACCCUAUCCAAUCCUAAACCCAAACCCUAACCCUAUCGUAAAUCCUAUGCAUCCUAUCCUAUCCUAUCCAACCGUAUCCAAUCCUAAACCCAAACCCUAACCCAAUCGUAAAUCCUAUCCUAUCCUAUCCUAUCCAACCCUAUCCAAUCCUAAUCCUAAACCCUAACCCUAUCGUAAAUCCUAUGCAUCCUAUCCUAUCCUAUCCUAUCCAACCCUAUCUAAUCCUAAACCCUAACCCUAUCGUAAAUCCUAUGCAUCCUAUCCUAUCCUAUCCUAUCCAACCCUAUCUAAUCCUAAACCCUAACCCUAUCGUAAAUCCUAUGCAUCCUAUCCUAUCCUAUCCUAUCCAACCCUAUCCAAUCCUAAUCCUAAACCCUAACCCUAUCGUAAAUCCUAUGCAUCCUAUCCUAUUCUAUCCUACUUGAAACAGUGGCUCCGUUGUAUCGGAGAGCGUUCGAGAACAGCAUGAGGAAGAACGAGCCCGGAUGCAGGCUGAGCUGGACGCUGCACGGGAGGCAGCUGAGAAGGAGGCAGCCGAACUGCGUGAGGAGGUCGAGCGCGCUGCCAGUCUGGCGGCCAGUAAUGCUGCUAUUAUGGUGAACAAAAUUGUUGUCCAUUUUUUGAAAUUUUUGAAAUUAUCCGGAAGUACUUACAGUGGUAGUAGAGAGUGAGACAGAUCAUGUUCAUGCUUUUGUUCAUCAAGUUGCAAUUUCUUCCUUCACAAGGUGUACUAUCUUCUAUUUCUAUAAUGCGACGUCCCGUACUAGUUCUAGUUGAUAGAAGUGGAGGAAGCUUUUUUAGACGGAUUGCAAAUUUCCUGCAUCGAGCUCUAACGUACACAGUAUGAGCAGCGUGCCGACGUCUAUGGCGGAAGAGGACCCCGAGUGGCAGAAAAUUAAGGACAAGUACGGCGAUCAAGCAAAUUGCCCGUUCAUAGACGGCCUUGUGGAAGAGCGGGUAAUACUAUUUGUAUGUCAUUUGAUAGACCAAAAAUAUUUUGAUAUACCUGGCUGCAGCUGCUGAAGAGGAUGACACUUUCUCUUUUUUCUUGCGUUGAGGAUUCUAAGAAGGGAAAGUGAAAGCACCGCUCAAUUGAACAUCAUGUGCAUUCUCAUCUCCACUACCAAAAACAGGAUCGUGCGCAGAGUGAGCUGAGUCAGCAGAGCGCGGAUUUGGACUACUACAAAGGCGAAUACGAUAAAAUGAAUGAGGAGGCCUUGAAUAUGAGCGCUGAAGUCGAACGCAUGAAAUCAGAGGUGGAGAAUGCGACGACCUUGCUAGCGGUGCAGCAUCCGACUGAAAGUGGUGGCGAUAACGACGGCAAGGCGGCAAGAAACGCUAUGAAAAGCACGAGCGAAAGCGAAGUAGAGCGUCAACAAGCCACAAUCGAUCGAGGGGAUUUGGUAUUAUUUUAUUUGAUGCCUAUUUUUAUAAUCUAGUACUGGAUCAUUCGAGUCUUUUGAUCUUCUAAUAAAUAUAAUAUUUUCUGCCAGACCAGGCGCAGGUAUCUCAACUGCUUCUUCCUUUGCUGAGCAUUUAUUCAUACGUCCUUUUGGCUUGUUGAGAAUCAUGAUUUUUUUUUUUGGCUUGUUGACGGAGAAGCUACCACAUGCCUUGUUCGCGCUUGUUCUUCAACUUAAAAAUUACUUUUGCCUAUACUUUAUUCAAACCCCCACUACCAGGUAAUUACCCGAGCUGCCUUGGGCGAUCCAACGGACCCUAUUCCGGAAAGGACUUACGCAGUCGUGAAAAAGAGAUUGAAUGCGAACACUAUUGUGUGCCGAUUCGCUCACGGCACCUGUCCUCUCGAAGACGCUCCUCAGAAAGGGCUCAAGCUGAAGGCCAAGAAGGGCACGUUCCUGUCGAUCCCGGGAGCUCCAGAUAACUUCGCAGACCUCUGUGUCGAUGACGCGGAUGAGGUGGCGCGCGAAUUAGGCGAGCCAGUGCCGAGCAGAAGAGGAAGCCCGCGCGGACGUACUUACUUUUUUGUUGUAGAUGUUCGUUGACGUUGUCAAUUUGUCUGAUUCUAGGUCUAUCAGCACCGGUCAAGAAUCAUUGCACAUCUUACCUUCCCGCUAGCUGCCCAAUUUGAUGUCAGUCUUCCGUUGUUUGAUACACGACAAAAACCGAAGAUUGUUCCGAUCCUUCCUCUUCUUGCUCUUCAUCUAGCGCUCGUGCGUGGCAGCAGUAUCGAUUUUGAUUUGGCACCAGAACAAAAGGAGCCUCCGAAACCAGCCAGGAAUAUGUCUCGAUCCAGCAGUAUUGAGUGUGCAGUACCUGGCAAAAAGGUCGUGGAGGUUACGGACAACGACUACGAUGCCUUAACGGGACGCACGGUCGCGAGCUUUAGGUAUUUUUUAGAGUUCUUUUAG